CGUUAUGAAGACAAUUACAGUCACACUCCAUUCACCAAACCACCUUCUUUGCCUUAAAACGGUUGAGCGGGCACAAACCCCAAGGUCACAAGUCAUGUUUAAUUCAAAAUACCUGGUUUAAAAACUGGCAGGAAAGUAAUGAGAUUUGACGGAGAAAAUCCAAUUACGAAUGAGAUCUUCCAUUUCAAUUGCUUAAUUGACUACAAGAGAGUGGCUGUCGAGAGGUGAAGAGUUGGGUUUUGACAAACUACCCCUCUCGAAUAUUCAUCGCCACAAAAGCCACUAAUACAGUUCACCGAUUCUCCGUGGAAACAGCCCAACGAUUACCUUCCAUGCGAGAUGCUUUUAUUUGUUUUGUCCCUCGCUUUCUGCCUGGAGGUAACCAAUCCGAAACCGUGGCAGACUGCUGUUAAUGAAAACGAUAACCCUUCUGGCCUCAAACACAACACGAUUUUAGAUCGGAUCGAAGAAGCUAACGAAGAGGAUCACGCCGAUAAGAAAGUCAAAAACAUUUUCGAGGCUGACAUACAGCUGACUAAGAGUGACAGAGCGGGCGUGGACACCAAGGAUGAGAACUCGAAAGAUAACGCAGAUAUUGAUGUGGACAGCGUGGUUACCAAGCGAAAGGCCAUCAGCUCCCGGCGAAGUCUAUGGGUGACGAAGGAGGUACCUCUUGAGCUAGCGGCAGCCGCAAAGGAUGGUUAUAAAAAUAUUUUGGCGGCCUUAUCUGAGAUUCAGUCAAAAUCUUGCAUUCGAUUCCGGAUGAGAGAGAAAGCUGACGAUAACUGGAUCCUUUUUGUUAAUAAAAGUGGUUGCUAUUCACCAGUUGGUCGUCAAUAUGCCUCCCCCGGAGCGCAGGAGCUGUCAAUCGGUAUAGGGUGUAACAGUAAGGGAAUUAUUAUGCACGAGAUGCUGCACGCGCUUGGUUUCUGGCACGAACAGUCCAGGUCAGACAGAGAUGACUAUCUUGAGGUGCUCUGGGAAAACAUUAUGAAGGGGCAACAACAUAAUUUUAACCGCUACAAACCAAAGAACGAGGAUUCCUUUGGUGGCUCUUACGACUUCUCAAGUAUUAUGCAUUAUGGAAACUAUGCGUUUUCUAAGAACGAGAAGCCAACCAUGUUGUCUGUAAAGGACCCAACGCUGCAGUUUGGUCAAAUCGCCGAGCUGAGCCCAACAGAUGUUAUACAACUUAACUACAUGUACGACUGUAAAUCUGACAAAAGUCGUGGUUGGAGUAACUGGGGUAAUUGGAGUCCCUGUGACACGAACUGCUCAAAGGAGAGAGAAAGAUUCUGCGCAGCAAAGGAUUUGAAAAAGUGUCCAGGAGCAACAAAAAGAUAUAGAAUUCAAGUGCAAAAGGCAAAGUGCCCAAUCAAGGAAUGCUACGUUCCAGUCGAAGGCCACUGGGGCAGAUGGGGUCCUUGGGGCCAAUGCUCUCGUACAUGUGGCCAGGGCUACAAGAAAAGGUCCCGGGAAUGCGAUGACCCGAAACCUAUGUAUGGUGGAAAGUUUUGCAAAGGAAGUCUUGUCGAAAUCAUUCCCUGUCAGUUAAAGAUGACCUGUGGAUGGUAACCGCUUAAUUUCAAGAAAAGAAACGACCACUCGGCUGCAAAGGAAAAACCUACCAUUACAGUUAACGUGGUUAAGUAAAGAGUGUUAUCUCUCCUACCCAUCAGAUAUUGUAUUUACGCAAAGAACACAUUUUUUCGGGCUCUAUAACGCGAUAAAGCCACGCAGAAUGUUGCGAAAACACGAGGAAAGCUUGUAAAUUACGAGCCGCCGGCGAAGGGGGUGGGGGAGAGGGGUUGGGGAAACAGAGAGACCCUGAGAAGGAGUUUGACACACUUGUUAUAGAGAAUUGCAUUUAACAGUCUCAUAACCAUAGUCAUAUCUCAUUGGCUGCGACAGGGGGGUAGGAAGCUGUUCUCGGUUUCAAUUUCGGUAGCUUAGAAUUUACUCUUUCCUGGCAUGUUUGUUACCAAAGGGGUGAAAUGUCUAAACAGCUCGCUAAACAGACCUAGAUUCCUAUACCCCGUAGAUACCCUACCAAGAUGGCAACGAGUAUUAUUGCAAAGGGUAGACUCCAAGUUUUAAAUGAUAGCAAGGACAGUUUGUUGCACGGCAGUGCAGUCAACCACCACAAUAAAGUCCACUUGUCAAGACUAUGUAAAGUAGUAUAUAUAGUACAACAAAGCUGAAUGAUUUAAGCUGGCAUUUUUUCAAGUUGGACAAACCGCGAUAUGGCUGCUUUAAGAUAAAGAACUCAACGAAGCGUAUAUACUUUCUUUUUUCUGUUUCUUCUUACUGUAACUAAUGUCUUUUAAACUAAUUAAAUAUUUUUAAAUUAUUUUAA